GCAGCGGCUGGGCCAGGGCCUGGGCCCCCGAUCCGCCCCGCGCUCCACUGCACCCUUUCCCCACGCGGCUCCCCUCCUCCUUAGCGGCCCCCCUUCUCCUGGGCCGGAGAAGAAGGGGUGGGACCGGGGCUGGCUCAGGGAAGGGGCCUGGGAGGAGUGGGUGGUGGCCGAAGGGCGGAGCAGGGGCGGGGCCGGCGGAGACUCCAAGGGGCGCCCCAGGCUUGAGGCACCCACUCUGGGCGCACAGAGAACUCGGAAGUCGGGCUGGAUGGCGGUGCAUAGCUUGGGCCGUGGCGUCGGUCGGCUGCUGGGUAGCCUGCGAGGGCGCUUGGGGCAGCCAGUGCGGCCGCCGUGCGGGGUGAGCGCGCCUCGCAGGGCGGCCUCUGGACCCCCGGGCAGCGCCCCCGCCGCCGCCGCCGCCGCAGCGCAGCCGGGCUCGUACCAGGCGCUGAGCGUGCUGGCAGCUCAGGAGCCGGCCGCCUUCUGGGGGCCGCUGGCGCGGGACACGCUCGUGUGGGACACCCCCUACCACACCGUCUGGGACUGCGACUUCAGCAGUGGCAAGAUCGGCUGGUUCCUGGGAGGCCAGUUGAAUGUGUCUGUGAACUGCUUGGAUCAGCAUGUUCAGAAGUCCCCCGAGAGCGUCGCUUUGAUCUGGGAGCGCGACGAGCCUGGGACUGAAGUGAGGAUCACCUACAGGGAACUGCUGGAGACCACAUGCCGCCUGGCCAACACACUGAAGAGGUAUGGAGUCCACCGUGGGGACCGUGUUGCCAUCUACAUGCCGGUGUCCCCAUUGGCUGUGGCAGCAAUGCUGGCCUGUGCCAGGAUCGGAGCUGUCCACACAGUCGUCUUCGCUGGCUUCAGUGCGGAGUCCUUAGCUGGGAGGAUCAAAGAUGCCAAGUGCAAGGUGGUUAUCACCUUCAACCAAGGACUCCGGGGCGGGCGUGUGGUGGAGCUGAAGAGAAUAGUGGACCAGGCUGUGAAGCACUGCCCCACUGUGCAGCGUGUCCUGGUGGCUCACAGGACAGACAGCAAGGUCCACAUGGGGGAUCUGGACGUCCCGCUGGAGCAGGAAAUGGCCAAGGAGGACCCUGUGUGCGCCCCAGAGAGCAUGGGCAGCGAGGACAUGCUCUUCAUGCUGUAUACCUCGGGGAGCACCGGGUUGCCCAAGGGCGUCGUCCAUACCCAGGCGGGCUACCUGCUCUACGCUGCUGUGACCCACAAGCUUGUGUUCGACCACCAGCCAGGUGACAUCUUUGGCUGUGUGGCCGACAUCGGCUGGAUUACAGGACACAGCUACGUGGUGUAUGGGCCUCUCUGCAACGGUGCCACCAGCGUCCUUUUUGAGAGCACCCCAGUUUACCCCAAUGCUGGUCGGUACUGGGAGACAGUAGAGAGGUUAAAGAUCAAUCAGUUCUAUGGUGCCCCAACGGCUAUCCGGCUGUUGCUGAAAUAUGGUGAUGCCUGGGUGAAGAAGUACGAUCGCUCCUCCUUGCGGACCCUGGGGUCAGUGGGAGAGCCCAUCAACUACGAGGCCUGGGAGUGGCUGCACACGGUGGUGGGGGACAGCAGGUGCACGCUGGUGGACACUUGGUGGCAGACAGAAACCGGUGGCAUCUGCAUCGCACCACGGCCCUCGGAAGAAGGGGCGGAAAUCCUUCCUGGCAUGGCGAUGAGGCCCUUCUUUGGCAUUGUCCCCGUCCUCAUGGAUGAGAAGGGCAGCGCCAUAGAGGGCGGCAACGUCUCCGGGGCCCUGUGCAUCUCCCAGGCCUGGCCGGGCAUGGCCAGGACCAUCUAUGGUGACCACCAGCGGUUUGUGGACGCCUACUUCAAGGCCUACCCAGGUUAUUACUUCACUGGAGACGGGGCUUACCGAACCGAGGGUGGCUAUUACCAAAUCACAGGGCGGAUGGACGACGUCAUCAACAUCAGUGGCCACCGGCUGGGGACUGCAGAGAUCGAGGACGCCAUGGCCGACCACCCUGCAGUGCCAGAAAGUGCUGUCAUUGGCUACCCCCACGACAUCAAGGGAGAAGCUGCCUUUGCCUUCGUCGUGUUGAAAGACGGUGCGGGUGACUCAGAUGUGGUGGUGCAGGAGAUCAAGUCCAUGGUGGCCACCAAGAUCGCCAAGUAUGCUGUGCCUGACGAGAUCCUGGUGGUGAGACGUCUUCCAAAAACCAGGUCUGGAAAGGUCAUGCGGCGACUCCUGAGGAAGAUCAUCACUGGUGAGGUCCAUGACCUGGGGGACACUAGCACCCUGGAGGAUCCCACUGUCAUCAUGGAGAUCCUGCGUGCCCACCAGAAGUGCAAGGACAAGCAGGCGGCUGCCAAGUGAGGACAGUGAACACGGUCAUCUGCACACCAGCAAGAGGGCCCUCCCCAGACACCCAUCUGCACAGCAGCAAGAGGGCCCUCCCCAGACACCCAUCUGCACAGCAGCAAGAGGGCCCUCCCCAGACACCCAUCUGCACAGCAGCAAGAGGGCCCUCCCCAGACACCCAUCUGGACACCAGCAAGAGGGCCCUCCCCAGACACCCAUCUGCCAGCCCCUUGAUCUUGUACUUCCCGGCCUCCAUAGAAGCAGAUUUCUGUGGUCUAAGCCACCCAGCCUAUGAUAUGUAGUUAUAGCAGCAGAUGAGUACAAAUGAACACAACUUUCCUACUUAAUAUUGCACGGAGGGUGUGACAAAGAACGAAAGGGGUUCUGGACUGUGCUGCAUGCUGCCCUACCAGCAGAGUUCCCAGGGCAAGCUGCCUCCCUCAAACUGCAAAUUCAGGAAGAAAAGCAAAUGCUGUGAAGAACUGCCGGCCAGCUACUUGACUACUUUGGUGCUGACUUGUGGUUACUCUGUAGGGUGCUCACCAGUGUUCCCUUGGUUGCUACAAAAAUAAUCAACAAACAGAGCUGCUCCAGGGCUUCUGGGCAAGGCUUCCUCCUCCUCUAGCUUCUAGGAUUCCUGUUCCGUGUUUACUUGGCAUCACUGCAAUACCCUUCUGCUAUUCCACGAAGAAAUUUCUGCCGAGCAAACAGAUUGGCUAUCCAACCUACUCCCAGCUACCCUGUGGGAGGGCCAGGUCUGCAGAGGCCUCUUCCCUUUUGGGAGUGCAGUUCUGGCUUUUCCACUUGACACUGUGACUUCUUUUCAUCAUGGAUUGUUUAGAAAAAUAUAUAUUUCUAAAAUUUCUAUUUUUUUUCUUUUGAGAUGGAGUCUCGCUCUGUUACCCAGGCUGGAGUGCAGUGGCACGAUCUUGGCUCACUGCAACUUCCACCUCCUGGGUUCAAGCAAUUCUCCUCCCUCAGCCUCCUGAGUAGCUGGGACUACAGGUGCAUGCCACCACGCCCAGCUAGUUUUUGUAUUUUUAGUAGAGACGAGGUUUCACCUUGCUGGCCAGGGUAGUCUUGAACUCCUGACCUCAGGUGAUCUACCUGCCUCAGGUGUUGAGAUUACAGGCAUGAGCCACCACACCUGGCCUAUUUCUAAAAUUUCUAAACAUUUAGUUUUUGUUAUUGGUGUUUAGCUUAUUUGCACUGUGGUCAGAGAGCAUGUUCUCCUAUGACUUUAAGUGCUCUGAAGUUUGGCAGAGCUCCAGCCCAGGCGAGGGGAGGGGUGUUUCCUCAGCGUCUCACCUGCAUCCCUGCAGCUGCCCCCCAGCCCAGCACUGCAUCUCAGGUGUCUCCUGCAGGCCAGCAGUCCCUCGGCCCCCAGUGCCAAGUGGUGGUGGCAGUUAUUCUUCAAGGUCUUCAGUCUUAGAGACACGGGACUCAGGUUCCCCAAACUGGAAUGCUAUAUGUAUUUCUUUAUUUUCUAUUUGCUUUUAAAGUGCUAGUCUAUUUCAAAACGAGCUUCCACCAGUAUUUUAAAACUCCUAAUGCACAAGCCAUACCCCAGACCAGUGACACCAGAAUUUCUGGGGUGGGACACAGGUAUCUUUCCAGAUGAUUCCAACAUGCAGCCAAAGUUGAGAGCCACUGACUUAAAGUUCAGCCCUUCUGGGGUGACACAAGCACAGCUGCAAUGCAUGAGGCCCAGUUGAAGCCUUUGCCUCUGCUGCCUAGCAGACGCAGCUCUUCCCCAUUCUGUGGAAUGCCUCUGAGUCCAGUUGCUGCCAUUGUGAAGGUGCCCACACUUCCAUUAUGGAGCCCAACACUGCCAUAGCCUCCUGGCACAAGGACUUGAAGGAAGGAAACCGGAGAAGCAGGAUCUGAGCCGUGGGAAGGGAAGGAGAAGGCGCUCAUCUCCUUAGGUUCGCCUCUCUGGCGUGUGAAUGUAAACAGAGUGGAGCAGGAGACUGGGCCCCUGAGAAAACACAGAUGCUUAAAGUCAGUUACUGAGUUCAAGAGACCUUUCUCCUGUGAGUUCACAAGUGACUUGUGUUCCAGAUUUGCUUCCCUAUAAAGACUUGGGAGCUCUGAGGCACUUGCUGAAGUGAGUGAGGGUCUACAGUCAGAUACUGAUAAACCAGGUGAGUAACCCCGAUCCCAAUCCCCAGUGCCCACAGCAGUGCCCGGCACAUGCAAGUGCCCAGUGGUAUCUGCAGAAUGAAGAGUGAACAGGCGCCACCCUGACCUAGACGAUGAGUGGAAGGACCAAGCUCCGGUCUGCCUGGUGGAGAAAGGCAGGGGACGGAGGUGCCAGCUCAAGCUCUGGAGUUCUCCGGUGGCGGGAGGGGAAUGAACAGCUCUGAAGGCAUAGGGCAGACCUAUGAAGAAGGCAAGCCCCAUGUGGCACCUGAAAGCCCUCCUGCCUGCUGCUUUGGCUCACAAGCAUCAGAGCGAGGAAAUCAGGGUACCCUCCCCCACCUUGCUCUCUGGAGGACAGAAAGGGAAGAAACAGAGAAGACAGGCCCAGUUUCUUUGUCUGGGUAGGGAGAAGGGUCAUGCUUUUGCUCAGCUGUCCAGCUAGCUCUUCUCCCUCUAUUAAGGCCAUGGGAGAGUGAAGGCAUCCCUCACAACUUGCUCCCUCUCAGCCAUGCUAGAGGAAUGCCAUCACUCCCCACACUUUCCACUUGUGAGGGCCCAAGUUUGCACUUGGUUCUGUUCUGGUGGCUGUUGCUAAUAGCUAAACUGAGGCCCCCACCUGUGCCAGUCUUCAUUCCAGAUACAAGAAAAGUUGUUGGUUAGUGCCCCUGGAACUGGACCACAGGGAACCAUCCCUGGCCAGAGAGGUGACAAGCCAGAGGGCAAGACAGCUACCCUAAACAAACCCAGAAGCAGGAGACAGGAGAGAGCUGGGUGUCCCACACCCUAGGACACUACCAGUCAGCACCUGAGUUUGGAAACCUGUUGUGAUCACUAACAUUUUCAACUUCUUCUGAAACAGAGUGGAACUUGUCUGGUAAGAGCCACCAGUUGGGUAAUCUGGGGUUUUCUCAUCUCUCUGUUACUGUAGAUCCAAACUUCUGCCACAUAGCCUUCUGAAUGAACAAACACCUCGGGCAAUUUCUUUCCUAAAGAAGGACAUGACCUUACCCAAACCACACAUCUCUUCAUUACUGAGAACCAAGGAAACAUUGAACUCUUACAAAUAUGCAUAAGUUUUUUCAACCAACAGAAAAAAAGCAGGACAGUCAUCAUCAAAAUGGAAAUGAUUACAGUUGACCUUUGAGCAAAGCGGAGGUUGGGGGUGCCAAUCCUAGUGUGGCUGAAAAAUCCACAUAUAACAUCUGACUCCCCCAAAACUUAAUUCUGAAUAGGCUACUGUUGGCUGGAAGCCUUACUAACAGCUGUAAACAGUGGAUUAACUCACAUAUUGUAUGUUCUAUGUGUUAUAAACUGUAUUGUUACAGUAAACUCAGCUAGAGAAAAAAAAUGCCAUUAAAAACCAUAAGGGGCCGGGCGCGGUGGCUCAAGCCUGUAAUCCCAGCACUUUGGGAGGCCGAGGUGGGUGGAUCACGAGGUCAAAUGAUUGAGACCAUCCGGGUCAAAAUGGUGAAACCCCGUCUCUACUAAAAAUACAAAAAAUUAGCUGGGCAUGGUGGCGCGUGCCUGUAAUCCCAGCUACUCAGGAGGCUGAGGCAGGAGAAUUGCCUGAACCCAGGAGGCGGAGGUUGCAGUGAGCCAAGAUCGCGCCAUUGCACUCCAGCCUGGGUGACAAGAGCGAAACUCCGUCUCAAAAAAAAGAAAAAAAAAAAAAAAAACCAUAAGGAAGAGAAAGUAUCUUUACUACUCAUGAAGGGGAAGCGGAUCAUCACGAGGGUCUUCAUCUUCACUGUCUUCACGAUGAGUAGGCUGGGAGGAGCAGGGAGGGAGGGGGAUUGCUUCUGUCUCGGGUGGCAGCGGCAGAAGAGGUGGAGGAGGUGGAAGGGGAGGCCGGUGUAACUUUUAUUGAAAAAACAUUCUCCAGUGAGUGCACCUGUGUAGUUCAAACCCGUGUUGUUCAAGGGUCAAGUGCAGUUACUUUCAAGAGAUAGUUUCUGGAUGUAAUAAAACACGAUUAAUGAG